CUCACACUUUGGAUGAACCUUCCAAUGGGCAGACAUGCUACUGCUGCUUUUCUUUUGCAUCAUGGGAAGUAAAGGUGCAUCAUCUACAUGUUAUGACGGCAAUGAACCUUUGUGCGACAGUUGUUCUGGAUUCUGUACUUCUGGCAAUGGUUGUUUCUGUAUCGAUGACGCGACUGUCUGUAUCCCUACCUUGUGUGAUCUUGCGCCUUCUGAAUGUUGCCCUGCUGGGCUGUAUUGGAAUCCGUCAGAGUCCUGCUGUACAUAUGAGUUGAUAUGCAUUCCUCCCUGUCUUAGGGAUGAAAUUUGUACAGAUAUGAAGGGUUUGGCAGUUUGUGUCUGCAAUACCAGUGCUGUUGUAAAGCAAUCAAUUAAAGAUUUAAAUACUCUACAAGAGUGUUCUGGUGAUAUAAUGAUCAUCUCCAUCGCUAUCUGUCAACUAAACAACCUUGGAUAUGACUACAACACUUUUAAGCUGAACGAUAAAUCUGCUAACUGCUCAUUGAUGUAUUCUGACAUUAUCAACGAUCAGAGAGUACUCUCUAUUGUAGUAUUACCACAGGAAGGCUGGUGCGGAACCACAGUCAUGAUUGAUGAGCCCAAUAUAUAUUACUCAAACACACUUUACAUUGAUCAGUUGAAGAAUGCGGUCAUUCAUCACAAUCCCAUAAGCUUCAAUUUCACUUGUACCUAUAGUCUAAAAAUGCAAAUUAGCUCCAUGAAACCGCUCUAUGUGUCACAGUAUCUACAAGCAAACGGUACAAGCCUAUCGGAAGAUUAUGCAACACAGAAUACAGACAGCAAGCUCAACACCUUAUUCAGAACAUUCAUGGCAGCGUAUAGUGACGAAAAACUGACAACUCUAAUAACAAUUGAUGAGGCUUUUCCACUGGGGAAAGUAAUCUAUCUACAAUUGAAUGCUGAAGUUUACAACAAACAGUCAUUUAAAUUGAGAGUAGAAAGUUGUGUUGCUACACCAGAUGGCAACGUAAACAAUGAAAACAGUGUGUAUCUGCUGAGGAAUGGUUGUCCAAAUAAGGAGGCAGAAUUAUAUGUAAAUGUAAUACAGAAUGGAGAAUCUCUUGAAGCUAAGAUUGCAUUUAGUUCAUUUGCCAUUCAAAAUCAUUCAGAAGUCUUCAUUUCCUGUGACGUGCGGUUGUGUGAAGAAAAUAAAAUAUGCAACUUGUGUCAAAUGGACCAAAUGACUAAUUUAAGUACAGCAAAACCCCCAAGUGUAGACAUACCUGAUGAACCACUGUGCUCCCCUCAAUGUCUCAGUGAUGAAGUAUGUGUUUAUAUUUCAUAUGUGGCAACCUGCAUCUGUAAUAAGAAUUUGUACAAGACCCAGAACUUGAUCCCAUCACUGACCUGUAAUGCUGGUAAAAUUCUCAUCUCUGUCAGCAAAUGUCUUCUGAGCACCCGAGGCUAUGACUACAACAAUAUCUCUCUGAUUGACAGUAGCUGUGCUCCAUCCUAUAUUGAGGUGAUCAACAAUAGUGCUGUGGUGAUUACUGAGGUGAAAACUAUGAGAGGAUGGUGUGGGACACUAAUGGAGAUUGAUGCAGUCAAAAUAUAUUACUCAAACACACUUAACAUUAGUGUUCAGAAAAAAAGCAUCAUAACUGUGAAUCCCUUUAGCUUUAGUUUUACAUGCGCCUACAACUUGACCCUGCAGACCAGUCUUGAUGUCCUUCUUAAAGUACCGGCAUGUGCAACAGAUACAAGUCAACCAGUGAGCAGCCAUCCGGUGUUUACUAAUCCAGCGAUUUAUUCUCAAAUUCUUCCUGUGAAUCAGUGCAUUGACAAUUCCUGCUUCUUUAUAAACCUCUUAUCAGUCAGGGGAGAAGGUUCAUAUACAAUUACCAUGGCUGUUUAUAAGAAUUCAGAUUACACCAUGCCAAUUGAAGACCUUGAUUAUGUAUAUGUUGGAAUAGACGUCUACCUGGCCUUGUCUGUUAUGGGUGCAGAUGAAGAUACUUUUGUGCUAAAAGUCAGUGAGUGCUUUGCCACUCCCAAUGAUCGCAGUGAUCCCAUGUUUGUACAGUUAGUUCGUAAUGGCUGUCCAGUAAAUGAAGUUAAAACAGUGAUUGAACAAAAUGCAGAAAGCCUGGAGGCCAGAAUAAGAAUCAGUGCUUUUGCAUUUCAAGGAUAUAACACUGUAAACAUCUUCUGUGACGCCUGGUUAUGUGAGAGAAAUUCUAGCAGCUGCACUAAGUGUACAAAUGACAAUUCAAACUUUAUUCAAGUGACAAAUCCUGAAAAUAAAAUCACCUGCAGUCCUCCAUGUUUGAGUGAUGAAAUUUGUGUUUACAGUGGCGGUGUGGCUACCUGUGUAUGCAACGAGACAACAUACAGAGACAAGACUGUUGCAGACCUAUUCUCAUCACUGACCUGCGAUGGUAGUUUAAUAUACAUCUCUAUUAACAAAUGUCUUCUGACUGCCCUUGGCUAUGACUACAACCUUAUUCAUCUUAUUGACAAAACCUGCUUUGUAGAUAAUACUGUUGGUAUAGAUAGUCGGGCUGUAGUAGUCCUUCAGGUCAACCUUCAGGGAGGAUUGUGUGGUCCAAUGAAGGUAGAUGCAGACAAACUAUAUUACUCAAACACACUUUAUAUUGGUGUAAAGAAAAAUACAAUCAUCAGAGUGAAUCCCAUCACCUUUAAUUUUACCUGUGCCUACAGCUUAAACCUUCAGGCAAAUCUCAUUGUCCCUCUCCAGAUGUCAGCGUGUGCAGGAAAUAGUGAAGCAAACAACAUACCCAGCACCACAAUGGCAAGUCUCUGGGAUACAACAUAUACUAGUCCAGUAGCAAGUCAACCUGUUCAUUCUGGGUAUCUCUGUACUGAUGAUUCCUGCUGCUCCAUCCACUUCACGGCAGACAGCAGAGAAAGCUCAUAUUCCCUUUCUUUGGAAGCUUACAAGAAUUCUGAAAAAACUGAACAGUUAUACCAGGGUGAUACUUUACCUGUCGGAUCAGAAAUAUCCUUGGUUUUCGAUAUUCUAGAUUUUUCUUUGAAGAGGUUUGCUCUAAGAAUAAUGCAGUGUUUUGCGACUCCUAAUAAUAAUCGCAAUGAUCCCAACUAUGUUCUGUUAAUGAGCGGAGGCUGUGUCAAUGAUGAUAUCAAUUCAACAAUUAUAUCAAAUGGAGAAUCUUUGAUGGCUAAAAUCCAAAUCAGCACAUUCAAGUUUACAGGAUAUGAUCACGUGUACAUUUUCUGUGAUGCUCGGUUGUGUGACAAAAUAUCUGAAAACUGCUCUGUGUGCACUACUAAUCAGGAAGUUAUUUCCAACCACACCCAAAGGAGUAAUUUAACAGAUGUGGUGAAAUCAUGUGCUUCAGAAGAGCUUUGUGUGGAUGUGGCCACAACAAAUGCCAGUUUAAAUGAUGUUGUUAUAGCUCGUCAAUGUGAGAUCACAAAUAUAACACUGCUCAUCAGUAAGUGUCAGCUGAUACAAAUUGGAUAUGAUCCAUCGAGUCUGCAGUUCAGUUCCUGCAGAAACAGCACUGAAUCAAUCAUAAUUAAUUAUACAAGGGUUGAAAAAAUUCUCGCAGCACCCAUUACAAACUGGUGUGGAAAUGAGGUCAAGGUAAAUGCCUCUCAUGUGGUUUAUUCAAACUUUUGGUAUGUUAAACCCAUUUCAAAUGGAACAAAUUCCACUGGAGAAGAAAGUGUCCCCUAUUCAUGUGAAUAUGCCUUGUAUUUGGAGCCACAGUUUCUUCUGUCAGUUUGGCAAGACAGUGGGACAUUAAGAGUAAGUGAAGCUCUUAAAUGCACAGAUAAUCUCUGUGCAACGUUUGCCAUUAAUGUCGACUAUCGGUAUUCACUGGAUCCGGGUGAUACUUUGGAGGAGAACACAAAUCUAUCAGUUAAUAUUAUGAGAUACAACCCUGACCAACAAAGGUUCAUGGUGAAACUUGAAGAACUGUUCAUAUCUCAAGAUAGAAAAUCUACAUCUACAUCACGUAGUCAACUUAUGUCCAAAGGACUGGUCACUGACCCUCAGUAUGUGUCAUAUGAAUUAAAGAAGGGACUUACAUAUUCAACACUCAUUAUCAAUACACAGCUGUUUGUAAAUAAAUCCUCGUCCAACAUCUUCUUCAGCCUUCGCUACUGUGACUUAUACACAGAGGACUGCUGUAAGUUUUUGAUUUAGUAAAUUCAUAGCCUGGGAGAGAAUUAAAUUCACACAAAAUGCCUGUUUCCUUUAUCAACUCACAUCUUGUCACAUAUAUAUCCUGGCACAGGUAAGUCCAGCAGCAGGUAAGGAACAGAAUACGUUCAAUGUUUUAGCAUUGGCUUCUCUAACGGUAAUAAUUGUGGCACUUUGAGGCAUGAUACAUUAAAACAAGUAUUGUGUAUAUUGCUCUUAUUCUGGUAGAGCUCUUGGUCACUAUAUUAUGCAGAAAAGAUUAUAUAAAAUAUGAAGUCAUAAAGUGUUGCAAUGACAAUAAAUGCGUCGCUAACAAAAAGUCCGUAAGAAGCGAGCAUCUAGAUUCCAUCUUAAGAAUGUCAUUAUGAACAAAGUCAGAUGCGAAAUCACACCGUUGCGCCGUUCACUCAGAGGUUAUUGUAAUCAGAAUUGAAAACAUAAGUAGGAUGAACUUAAUGGUGGCUGCCCAGAAUCCAGUUCUAAAACGGUUUUAAAAGGGAUUUGAUUAUGAUGCGUUCAGGUGAAAUGAGCAAGGGUUCAAAGGAUGAAGUACCUCUUUCAAAAGGGCAAUGAACAACCAAAAUAUCACAGAAGUCUUUGAGGAAGGAAAUCAUUUAACCAAAAACAUAAGUUUCAUAGGCCUCAAUUUUCCACACACAUAUUUAUGCAAACUUACAUACAUACAAAUAAACACACACCUUUUUCACGUUUUUGGUAAACCAAUACUUUUAUUAUCACAUUUGUCACAGCUUUUAAUAAAUCAUUAAAACGUUAUAUUAAAAAAUAGAUGUUAAUGGUGUAAGACAUAAAAGGACGUUUAGCUUAUUGCAGGUAAUUUUUACAUAUUUUAAAUAAUGCUCGCGUUACUUGGAAAAUACCACAAUAGUAUAUAAUAGCCAGGUCAUCCUGCAAUAACUAAAGACUUGACUAAAAUAUGUGAUGUAUAUCAUUACUAAUGUGAGAAUGGUUUGUGAUUCUGUGAAUAAACGUGGGUAUGAAAGGUGCGUGAAUGGU